AGAGCCCAGCAGCGCCGCUUCAGCCAUAUAAACUGAGUGCUCAGCCUCUGGCCCCGACUACUGCAGCAGCAGCAGCAGCAGCAGCAGCAGCAGCAGCAGCAGCAGCAGCAGCAGCAGCAGCGUUACUGUGCGAGUGUGGGGGAGCAUGGCCCCCACCCACCGCCUUCUCCUCGUCUUCCUCCUCCUGGUGGCCCUGCAUGCCAGGGCUGCCUGGGCUGCUCCGUGGCGAGCACAGGGAGCAGACGAGGAUGCCGACAAUGGUGCUUCUUGGCUGGAUGUUGAUUUGGAGCCCCUGGAGCACCCUGGAGCUGUGCCUGCGGGCGAAGGCGAUCCCACUUCCCGGCUGGGUUCCAGGAGCGAGGCUCCGGCAGAUCGCGUGGUUACAGAUGUGCCCGUGGGAAGGGCUUUUCCGGCUCCUCAGCUGGAUGCUGUGCCACAGGCCGGUUGGCACCGCAGGGGUCCUCCAAGAGCGCAGUACCACCAAGCUGAGGGAGGAAAAAAGCGCCCGGAGCCAUCUCCACUCCUGAGGAAAAUGCUGGACGAACUGGAGAGACGACACAAGACGGACCGAGAGGCUGUGAAGAAGCUCUUGUUUCCAGACGGAAGCAGCGGCUCCCUGCCAGUCCCUCCCGACGAAGCGCAGGCAACGCAAGGCGCCGGCACGCCAGUGCUGUCAGAGUCCGGAGAAGACCACCAGGCCAGCAGAUGUGAUUUUUUCCAAGCGGACUCAGGAUUCGUGGGCUCGGCCAGGCUGAGGCCGGACGCGUCACGCCAAGGCAGCUGCAAUAAGGGAGAGCUCCUUCGGUCUCGAGUGGCCGGGCUGCUGCUUCUCGCUGGGCCCGAAAUCCCUCGUCUGCGGUUCCCUGUUGUUCUGGGGCCUGCGAGCUCCUCGUACCCCGGUGACAGCGCCCGGAAAACGGCAGAGCUGUGGGCUCAGCCCGGUGGGACUGUGUCCCAGCCCUUGGACGGAGCUGCCCAGCGGGACGUGCUCCCCUCCCCACAAGGACAGCUCACCCGGCUGUGCUCCAGCAGCUCUCCGCCAGCACCCUGA